UUUUUCCAGAGAUUCAUUUCCAUAUGAUCUUCAGUUCAGUAUCUUAACAAGAUUCAUCACGGAUCAAACCCAGACGCCGAACCUCAAGGUCAAAAUAGCCAUCUUGCAGUAUUUGCAAGGUUUGAUUGGCCUAAUGGAUCCAAGUGAUUUUACCAACUCUGGUGAAACACGUUUGGCGGUCUCCAGGAUAAUCACGUGGACCACGGAGCCUAAGAGCGCAGACGUGAGAAAGGAAUCCGCGGCCGUCAUUGUAGCUUUGUUCGAACUGAACACUCCAGAAUUCAGCAUGAUGUUAACAGUACUGCCUAAAUCAUUUCAGGUAAUGGAUAAAAUAAGUCUUUCUUUUGCUUUUUUGUUCUCUGCGUUACUUUCAUACGAAGCAUCGUGUUAAGCAACGUCUUGCAGAUAUCCCUUUUGUAACUUCUUAUUUUCUGAGGUUAUUAGUUGCAUUUUUUAGAUGUUAAUAAAUUGAGCACGAAUUAAGUAAAACCUUUGCCUUUUGCCCAUGUGUUUAACAGUUACGACGUCAAAACACCUAACGUUCGGGAAGAGCGUAGGG